UCUGUCUAAACUGCCUUUUAGAACAGGAGGUUGGUUUUCCUGAAAACUGCAGGCACUUCUUCUGCAUGACCUGUAUUCUUAAAUGGGCUGAAGUAAGUUUCAGAACAAAGAUGUAAUGUGUUCUGUGUGUCUGAAAUCUUUAAUGGGAAAAAUAACUGAUUAACUGAUCAAGUAAAGUAGUCACUAAUCACUUUGACCAUUUACUUAAAUCUAUGAGUAUGUGUUCUAAUUGGAUUCAAAUUUUCAAAAUUAUUUACAUUUUCUAUUUGAACAGUGGAGAAAGCUACUUACUUUAAAUUUGUUUAUAAAUAGUGCUAUCAGACUUUCUCAAGACCUCCCACCUUUUGUGAUGCCUACAAGAAAUUUGCCCAUUAAUUAUGGCUAUUUUGAUGGGUAGAUGGGGAUAAUUUCCACUUUAUAUUUGCGAUUGCUGAUUAUAUAAAAAUUGUUCGAUUGAAUUCCAUUCCACUAAUUAGUUAUACUUCCCUUAUCUUACUUUGUAAACCUUUCUGGGCAGGGACAUUGUCUUCAUAGGUGUGUGUAUAGUACCUAGCACAAUGGGGCUUCAUUUUCUAACUUUCUAGCUUGAUGCUGCUCUCCAGGAAUUUAAGAAAAGUUGCUUCCUCCAGAUCCUUCAUUGUGGUCAUAUUAAGAAUUGACGUGUAAGAUUAAAAUCACAACCACAAUUUCUCUGUUCUGUAACCAGUAAUUAUUUUUAGGUUCUGUUUGCUUGUCUAAAGUAAGUAGAAAACUUUUUUCUGUCCUUAAAUUUCUUUUCCAUGGUUUUUAAUUCUGUUCUGUAUCUAGUGUACACUUAUUCAAGAACUGAAUCCACUGCAGCAAAACUAUUAUUUUUCCAAGACUGUCAAACCUAGCUUCAGCUGAAAGUAGGUAAAAGCAGUGGAUCAUUUGUUUUGUGUAUUGCUGGCUUGGGUUGCCAAUGUGUGUAAAAAAAAAAAAAAAGUUUUCUUAAUAAAAUACUGUCCUUUUGAGUUAGUAUUAAGUUUCUCAUUCAGUACAAUACAGACCUAUGAGAGUUUUCUUCUAUACAAUCCUCCUUGCUAGAGUAAAUGAGAUUUUUGGUUUAAAUGCAUGCUUUAUCAGAUCACUAAUCAUAUGUUUAGAAAAUAAGAUCUCUGCCCUUUUGUUCCCCUCUGUAAUAGCUUUUCUUAUUGUCAUUGCCUUCCUCUACUGUAUAUAGGUAUCAUCUACAAGGCCUGAUUAGGAUUGAGACUUCCAUUGUACUAGGCUUUAUACGAAAGCAGAAUAAAAGGUGAUUUCUGCUCCAAACAGCUUACAGUCUCUUUAUCUAAGACAGAUAAAGAUGUACCUUUUCAGUUUGCUUGUAUUCUCUGUAAGUUUUGUUAGUUGUCUAGGGGACCUGUCUGCUUUUUCCAUCAUGGCUAAAGAUAAGUGGGGGUGGAGGGCAAACCUCAAAUAAAUAACUUUAUGAAGAUUGCUUUCUCCUCUGGGGCUGUGGGAUCCCUUCAGCCCAUGUAAUUAUAUAAAUAUAAUUUUAAAUUUCUUUGUAAAGUGUGGUGGGGCGAUACCAAAAUGCCAUUGCUGGGGAAAUUUAUAAGUGGUUUUAUAGAAGUAUAUUUGGCCUCUAGCAGUAUGAUGAUGUCAUAUAGUUAAAGUUUUUUUGUUUUUUUUUAAUUUGGGUGAAGAAGUAGUUUAAUAUUUGCUUGCCUACCUUGAUCCUUCUGUAUCAUCAUUCAUUUAUAAAUAUCAAUUACUUUAACUUAUGAAUUAUGAGAAAUCACCCAAUUCGGAAUACAGAAGAUAUUACAAUAAUGUAUCUUCUUUGAAAUGUACAAUAACUAGUUUUAUACCACUGUAUACAAGUUCCUGAAGGUUUUAGGUUUAUUUUAAAGGCAAAGCUACAUGCAUGGGGUGGAAAAAACUAAGGAGUGACCUGAAAAUUCUAAUCUGAAAGACUCUCCUCUUUCCCCCACUUUCCAAAAUGGAGCCUAUUUUCAAUAUAUUCUGUAAAAACAACUAAGGAUAAAAAGUGUUGCUCAACAUGACUUGAACUACUGUCAGUUUUUUAUUUACUACAGAGGAACCAACACUAAUAUAUACACAAUGACAAAUGACAUUUUACAGUUAAGAUCUGCUGUUAUUUUUAAAAAACUGAAAAUUUAAAAAGAAAGGUUUCCUGAUUUCUUCCCAGUCUCUGUUCUGAUUGUGUGGGGCUAGAGUAGUGUCCUAGGAGAGAAAAGACUAGUACACAGCACUAAGGCCUGGUCUACACUACGAGUUUAGGUCGACUUUAGCAGCGUUAAAUCGAAUUAAGCCUGGACACGUUCACACGACGAAGCCCUUUCUUUAGACUUAAAGGGCCCUUUAAACCGGUUUCUUUACACCACCUUCGACGAGGGGAUUAGCGAUAAAAUCGGCCUUUGUGGGUCGGAAUUGGGGUAGUGUGGAUGGAAUUCGACGUUAUUGGCCUCCGGGAGCUAUCCCACAGUGCUUCAUCGUGACCGCUCUGGACAGCACUCUCAACUCAGAUGCACUGACCAGGUAGACAGGAAAAGACCCGCGAACGUUUGAAUUUCAUUUCCUGUUUGCCCAGCGUGGAGAGCACAGGUAACCACGCAGAGCUCAUCAGCACAGGUAACCGUGAUGGAGUCCCAGGAUCGCAAAAGAGCUCCAGCAUGGACCGAACGAGAGGUACAGGAUCUGCUCGCCAUAUGGGGAGAUGAAUCAGUGCUUGCUGAACUCCGUAGCAGUAAAAGAAAUGGCAAAGUAUUAGAAAAGGUCUCCAAGGCCAUGAAGGUCCAAGGCCAUAACAGGGACACGCAGCAGUGCCGCGUGAAAAUUAAGGAGCUACGGCAAGCCUACCACAAAGCCAGAGAAGCAAAUGGAAGGUCCGGGGCAGAGCCGCAAAUUUGCUGCUUCUACGCGGAGCUGCAUGCCAUUCUAGGGGGUGCAGCCACCACUACCCCAACCGUGUGCUAUGACUCUGUCAAUGGAGAAACACACAGGGAAGAGAGUUCGGGAAACGAGGGAGAUGAGGAUGGAGGUAAUGUAGGUAGCUCACAGCAGCAUGGAAGCGGAGAAACCGGUUUCCCCAACAGCCAGGAUAUGUUUGUCACCCUGGACCUGGAACCAGUAACCCCCGAACUCACCCAAGACCCUGAGGGCACACAGGGGACCUCUGCUGCAAAUGUUUCUCCUUCACAGAGGCUAGUGAACAUUAGAAAGAGAAAACGGAGGACACGGGACAAUAUGUUCACGGAGCUCCAGAUGUCCUCCCACGCUGAUAGAGCACAGCAGAAUGCGUGGAGGCAGUCAAUGUCAGACAUGAGAAAAGCACAAUAUGAACGAGAGGAGAGGUGGCGUGCUGAAUCGUGGGAUGAACAGAGCAAGUUGCGGGCUGAAGAUGAUAGGUGGCGUCAGCUUGCAGACAGAAGGCAAGAGUCAAUGCUCAGUCUGCUGGAGCAUCAAACUGAUAUGCUCCAGCGUAUGGUUGAGCUGCAGGAAAGGCAGCAGGAGCAGAGACCGCCGCUACAGCCCCUGUGUAACCAACAACCCUCCUCCCCAAGUUCCAUAGCCUCCUCACCCAGACGCCCAACAACACGGUGGGGGGGCCUCCAGCCACCCAGUUACUCCACCCCAGAUGAUUGCCCAAGCUUCAGAAGGCUGGCCUUCAAUAAGAGUUAGUUUUAAAAUGCAGUGUGUCCUUUUCCAUCCCUCCUCCCCCACCCAUCCCAGGCUACCUUGGCAAUUAUCCCCCUACUUGUGUGAGGAAUUAAUAAAGAAUGCAUGAAUGUGAAAUAACAAUGACUUUAUUGC